GUAAAUAGUUACUCUUUGGCCUUUACUAAGCCCCUGAUAUGUUUAUCCCUCAGAUCUCUUUCAAGACAUUUUGUUAAAAUUCUAACUAUUCAUUUUUCCUUAAUUUCUCGCCAUGGGCCCUGCCAAAAAAUUUUAUUCUCUAAAUCCCGGUGAAAGUCUGGAAGAGCUCAGAAGACAACGGGGGAUCAAUUUGUGUGAAUUGUUGGAUGAAAUCGAUAAAAUUGAAAAUCAGACUGAAAGAUCGAUACCAUGUAAAGAACUCGCAUUUGAAAACUUGUCAGAAGAUGAUAAAUUUGCUCAAGAACUGUUGAAAAAACUUAGAGGUGCUUUGAAUAAACUAGCUCCCGACAAUUUUUAUACCCAGUUAAUGGAAAUGCAAUGUAACUUACCAGUUCACAAUCUUCAUCUUAUGCGAAUGUUCGUCCGACAAUUGAUUCAAAAGGCUUCUAAAGAUACAUUUUAUUCACAAUUGUACGCUUAUGCUUGCAAAGCAUUGAGUUCUAUAGAACUGGUGGAGUUACCUGAAGAUGACGACUCUAUUGACACCUUUGGCGCUCUCGUCUUGGACGAAUGCUACAAAUACUUUUGUUAUAAUCGAUCUUCUCUAAAUUGGUUUUUCACAAGAGACCCUAAUCGUGAAGAAUUGAUAAGCCUAGAUAGAAAAGAAUAUAUUAAAAGAAAAACUCUUGUAGGGUUAGUGAGGUUUAUAGGUGGACUUUUCAAAGCAGAUUUAUUGUCGGUAAAAGAAACAUUUGAAUACAUCAAAAAAUUACAAAGUGAGGUCAACGAAAAGUCUAUUGAAGGCCUUUGCUGUUUACUAACGAGCUACGGUAAAGAUUUGGAAGCUGCUGCUCUUGAAUCAGAGUUUGCAGGAGAUUGGUGUGCGACAUGGGAAAGGAUUGCUAAUUUGUCUAAAAAAGAAUCAAAUUUACCAUUACGGCAGAUGUUCAUGCUCAUGGACUUGCUCGACCUGAUGAACAACGGUUGGGUCCCGAAAGAGACUUAUCAAUUACGAGCUCCUCUGUCUCAUAUUGAAAUACUAAUGGAUUACCAAGAAAUGGAAAAGGUUAUGCCGAAAAAAUCAAAGGCUAAGACACCAAAGAAGAAAAAUAAGAAUUCUAUCGUACAGCCGUCGGAAAGUGUCGAUGUCAGUGACAGUAUAAUAGCUGACGAUUCGACUGUCGUCAUGACUGAACAAGAAAUAAUACAGUUGUUAAAAUCGGAUGGAGAUAUUUAUAAUAAGCUUUCUAAUUGGGAAAUAAAAAAUUUUGAAGGAAGGAAGACUUGGUUUGUUUAUUCAUUAAUGAGAGCGAUUCUACGUGUAUCUAUUGAUGGAAAUACAUUAAAUCAGUCAAAAUUUACUGAGCAUAUUGAACUUCUGAAGAAAUAUAUAAGUUCGAGGCAAGCAGAGGUUGCUUGUAUGUAUGCUGUGCAGUAUUUGAUUGUUGUCGAAAUGUCAAAUCCAAAAGGCCUCUUGGAAAAUAUUACUUCGUUGUUAUAUAAAACCAGAGCAGUAACAUACAUCGGACUCUUGGAUUGGAGAGAAAAUUGGUCGAAGCACCCUCUGCUGGAGGUGAGGGGAAGAUCUGCUGCUCACAUAUCUCUCGCUUCUCUGUUCAUGAAACUCUUCUGGGAGAGCACCAGGCCUAACUAUAAGUCCAUCGUGAAAGAACUCAACAGCUUUGAUUUGGAACAUUUUGUUUCCUCUUCUAAACUACCACCAGAAAUCGCUAAACACCUUAAUUUGGAGAGAAGUCAACCUACUCUAUUGGAAAAGGACAAGUCGAGAAUUAAAAUUGAAGAAGAAGAAGGAGGAGGUGAAGAAGUUACUCAAGAAUCUGUGGGUUCUGUCAUAGACCCAUCAGAGGAAUCUUUAAGGAACUCGUUGUUGACACUCCUAGAAAAACUUAGUAGCCUAUCUUUACACGUUCCGGAGGAAAUAGUUGAAAACCCCAGAUCCAAGGCAGAGAGAAAGAAAUUAAAGAGAGAAAAAAAGAAGCAAGCUGCAACACUUACCGAGGAUAUUGUCAGUCCUCCGGAAUUCGGGCCUUCAACUAGUCGGAACCACAGUACUACAGGACCCAGACUCUCCACUGAAAAUGGAACAAAAACUUCAUCUGAAACCUCUUUGCCGAUAGUGGAAACAGCCAAGACUGGGAAGAGAAACUACAUUUCCCGUGCCCCAGUAGCUGGACGUAGUCAGGUGACAAUUAUCCCUAUUGAAUAUCCUUCCGUCCAGUUGUCCAAGGAUCAGAGUGAUGAAAUUAAAUCAUAUAUUAUCAGUAUGAUAGAUGGGUUAGAUGUAAAAGGAGAUGUCCACCCUGAGUUUAGUCGCUUUAGCUACCACCGUGGAGGAUGCAUCAUUGCUUGCGACAACCAUGACACCAAGAACUGGUUGACAAGCAUAAUAGAGAAUUACACCAUCAGUGGGGGCAUUGCGCUCUGUACUGGCAGUAUGAAUGAAAAUGGGACAAAAACUCCAUUGGAAACCUCUUUGCCGAUAGUAGAGACAGCCAAGACUGAGAAGAGAUGCUAUGUUUCUCGUGCCCAAGCAGCUGGAGGUGACCAGAUGGCAAUUAUCCCUCAUGAAUAUCCCUCCAUCCAGCUGGCCGUAUCCAAGGAACAGAAAAGGAAACUAAGGAGAGAAAAAAAGAAGCAAGUUGCAGCACUUAGCAAGAAUACUGCCAGUCCUCUGGAGUUAGAACCUUCGACUAGUAGGACCCAGAGUACUACAGGACCCGAACUCUCCACUGGAAAUGGGCCAAAAACUUCACCAGAAAUCUCUUUGCCAACAGUAGAGACAGCCAGGAUUCCAGAAAUCUCUUUGCCAACAGUAGAGACAGCCAGGAUUCCAGAAAUCUCUUUGCCAACAGUAGAGACAGCCAGAAUUCCAGAAAUCUCUUUGCCAACAGUAGAGACAGCCAGGAUUCCAGAAAUCUCUUUGCCAACAGUAGAGACAGCCAGGAUUCCAGAAAUCUCUUUGCCAACUGCAGAGACAGCCAAGAUUCCAGAAAUAUCUUUGCCAACAGCAGAGACAGCCAGGAUUGGGAAGAGAAACUAUGUCGCCCGUGCCCUAGCAGCUGGGGGUAGUCAGGUGGUAAUUAUCCCUAGUGAUUAUCCUUCCACCAUGUUGUCCUGGGACCAGAGUGAAGAAGUUGUAUCAUAUAUAGUUGAUAUGAUAGAUGGGCUAGAAGUACAUGGUGAUAUCCAUCCUCAGUUUAGUGGAAAAAGAUACCGCCUUGGGGGAUGUAUCAUUGUGUGCAACAACCAACACACUAAGGACUGGUUGACUAGCAUUAUAGAGAAUCAUACCAUCACUGGGGGUAUUAUGCUCCGUAUUGGAAAUAUGGAUGAGCUUAAGAAGAUAAGGAGGAUGAGUGCAUAUUUUGGGGGUGAGAAGAUUCCAGGACACCAAAUUUUGAGAAGGCUCCGCAUACAGAAUGCCAAUAUCCAAGAUAUUGAUAAAUGGACAUUAAGGUUCACUAGAGUAAAGGAUAAUGGGGUCUAUAUAGUCUUUCAAGUCCCCGAAACCAGUGUGCAUGAUCUUGAGAAAAGAAACUUUUUAAUGUCAUAUAGCUUCAGUACUGUGAACCUUACAGUGGUUCUCAGUAGGAAGUGGAAUGUACCUACUAAUGAGGAGAAGGCCAAAGCAGUCAUAACAGGAAAUGAUUCCAAGCCAUUGAAGAAGAAGGGAACCGUUGUCGCUGUUGGCACCAAAACUAAUGUUGUUCAGAAUGCAGGGGGUGGGAAGUCUUUUGACCUUGAGUCUACUGUUGAGACCAUCUCUCAGCUCUCUUUGGGAAGUGGCCAUCUGGAAGCCAGUCAUUAGUAAUAGAAGUUGCUGCAGACCAAUCAGCACCACUGCAUAGCAGCUGUUGUAUACUGUGACGGUGUGUUAAAGGAAUCAAAAUGGAGGAGGAAAGGGACAAAACAGCAUUGUUAAAAAAGCAGUUAAGUAAGACAACGGAGUGAAGUCCCAGUUCUUCUGCUUUUUAGUGUUGUUUUUAAAUUUUUUUUAUUUCCGUUUCAAAUACAGAUCAAAAAUUAAUUUUUGUUGCUUAUUUUUAUAUUUAUCUCUAAACUCGAGGCGGGAAAAACAUUUAAAUUGUGAUAUCUGUAUUUUCUUAUUAUUAUGUAAUUACUUUAUUGUAUUUGUUAAUCAUAAUAAUAAUUAUAUUACCAGUUCAUUAGAUUUAAGAUAUGUCUAUGUAUUAAGUUGACGUUAAAUGGUUGUGUAUUAUAAGAUUAUGUAUGCUUGAAAGAGAAAUAAAGGAUUCUUUUAAUGAGACAUUAGUUUUAAGGAAAAAAAAAAUCAUUUAUUUGUUUGUUUAAUUAAUAAAUUAACUUAAUGGAAAAACUUGAAUGGUUUUGUGAUAAGUAUUUGUAAGCUUAUAUUAUUUUGAUGUGUUCAAAUUGAAAUAUGUUGAAGUAUGAAUAGCCUUAUAACAGAAAGCUAUUGUUAUUUAAACAAUAUAUAUGGUAACUACUUGCAACUAUUUGUUAUCAUUUUUUUACUCCC